AUGAAGUCCGUAAAAAAACUCGCCAAAGCAGCUAUGUACAUAGCCUUUGGUGGAAUUACAGCAGCAAUGGUAAUGAAAAUUAAACUAGAGGAUAAAAUACGCAGUCAACCGUACUACAAGGAUGCGUUAAAAUUGCUACGAUCACAUCAGGGAGCUGUACAAUUGAUGGGCCAGCCCAUCAAGGAUCUGAGCUUCGAUUAUGGGGAAGAAAGCAAAAAGUUUGGUGGCGGAAAGAUCGAUGGCUUUGCCGUCCCGGUUCGGGGUCAAAAGACACGCGGCAAAUACUACUUCUGGGCGGAAAUCCAAGAACAGGAGUGGGUUAUUAGUCGGGCCGAGUUGGAACUGGCAAACGAACCAGACCGUCGUCUACUGAUCAAAGCAGACAGCCGAACGGAGCGGUAG